GAAUUGACCCACUGCGCACCAUUAAACAGUUAAAUUUCGUUACGAAUAUGAAACAUUCUUCGACUUUAAUGUUCGUCAUCUUGCAAGUUGAGGGACCUAUGCACAGUUGGCGAGAGUUGAUUGUCUGACGGUUACAAUAUGUAGUUUGGUAGUUAUGUCAGACUCUGGUUAUGUAGGCGGCUAUUUUCUGGGUCGUAUUCAUUAGUGCAACGGAAACAUUUUGCAACGUCAUCGAGUUUCUUAUUGGACAAGUUCAGGUAGUCGCGCCCCGUUUCGGUCGGUUUGCUGUCAACUGAAUACUACCCUGUGUAGUUUUGUAACACAGCAAUAAUGAACUUACGCAAGUUCUAUAUCGAAAUGAUUAUGAGUAUUCUGGUGUUCAUACAAGUUGCAGGAACUACACCUUCAAGAUAGUGAGGAUCAUUCUACAAUUUGACAUUUAUACGUAACACCACCAGUCCAGCAGAGAUGACCCAGGUGCGAAGGUCGGUGGGAGAGGCGCUGUGGGGAAUGUGUGCGGCCGACGCCAUGUCCAUGCCCGUGCACUGGUACUACAACAUCGAUGACAUCAAGAGAGAUUUUGGAGGAUGGAUCACCGGCUUCAACGCACCCAAGAACAAACACCCGUCCAGCAUCCUCACCCUCUCCAACUCAGCAGGGAGUGGUCGCACUGCAUGGUCCUCUGGCGAUAACAGACCCCAUGUUGUGGGGAACGUAAUCCUCCAUAACAAGCUCAAGUUCUGGAAGGCAUCAGGCGGUUCGGUCCACUAUCACCAAGGUCUGCAGGCAGGUGAGAGCACCCUGAAUGCCAUCUGCUCCCUGAGGGUGGCACAGGCCCUGACAGGGGGGAUGUUUGCCAGCGUGACAGAGUCAGCGGCGAGGGGGGCGGUGCUAGCUGAUUACAUACACUUCAUGACCACGCCAGGAACACAUGGAGACACCUACGCAGAGUCCUUCCACAGAGCAUUCUUCUCCGACUGGCAGGACCCCAGACCCACUUCUUCCAGCAAGGUGUUGGAGUUUGCAGAGCAGCGCUACCAGCAGAAGAUGAACGUGUCAGUCCCCGACAGCCAGCUAGACGCUAUUGGCUGCAUCCCCAUGGCUAUCCCCUUUGUCCUUCUUUCAGCCACAGCCAAUGAAGACCAAGCUGUGUCUGCAGCGGUAGAGUUUGUCCGGCUCACCCACCCCCACCCCAAGGUGGAGAAGUAUGUGACGCUGUACGCCCGAGCCCUCCAUGCCACUCUGAACGGGGCGUGUCUGAAGCAGCAAGCUAAGGCCGCCCUCAAGUCACCUGAGCUGGACGCAUGGGACACCUGCAAGCCCUACAUACAGAAAGCAGCCAGGUUUCCAGCCUCUUCUGCGGAGAGGCUCAAGGUUCACCAGAAUGCUGUGGAAAUGCUUGGCAUGGCCUGCUACACCCGAGGUGCCCUCAGUAGUAUGUUCUACCUAGCACACGAGUUUCACAGCGACCCUCAUGGAGGGAUCCUGGCAAACACCAACUGUGGCGGAGAGAACUGCAACAGGGGUUCUGCGUUGGGGGCUCUGCUGGGGGCGAGGGCAGGGUACACGGGUGGAUCUGUACCCCAGGAGUGGAAGGAUGGACUGAGGAACGCACAGGAACCGAUCCAGGAAAUCCUAGAGAAGAUGCUCUGAGACUGCCCCCUAAUAGGACUGGAAUCGCGCAUCAGAGCACUGACACACACCUUACCUCCAUUUGGUUGUUGUAACCCAUAACAUCUGUUUACAUAUCUGUUUGUUGAUUUUCAGCCUUAUAUUGGCCGUGGUAUUCACAUGCUGGUCGUUGAACGUACAAAAAGGUACCUUACAAUGAAAAAGAUUACUAUGCUAAAAUAAUUAUAUUGUGUAAAAGUGCUUAUUUUCCCAGUUUUGCUCUUAAGGCCUUCCAGGUUUGCCUUGGUUUACUCCCCAGCUGAAAGCUCAGCUAUCUCUCUUGACCUUAUGUCAGGUAACUGUUCUUAGCUGUGUCUCCAUGCAAGAAAUUUCAGAGAUCAGUUGGAGUUUACACACGAAAGGCGUCCGUAUACAUAGGUUCGGUUUGCUCCUAUCAGAACUCGGCUAGGUGAAGUGAACGCCUGUGUUCGCAUACUCCCUUAAAAUACCUUCGCUUGAAAAGAGUGGCAAUAUUACAGUUGGUACCUCUUGAGACGCCAUACCCAGUACACUUCCUCAAAUUAGUCCAAAUUAAUCUAAGAGAAAUCUGUAAUUAAUUGCGUUUUUGCUUAGUCGCGCAAUUUUACAUUAAGGUUUUUGGUGCAGUAUUUCUCAAGU